AUGUCUGCAUGGUUUCUUGGGCCAAAAUUAGAAAAUAUCGACAUACUGCAAAAUUUAACUGCAUAUUCGUUUUCUGAAACCGCUAACUUGCGACAAAGUUUAUUUCCAUUAGAUCGAAGCUGUAUAACAGAAGACGUCCGGCAAAGUGAAGUGCAUACACAUCAUAUUAAGAAGUUAGAAAAAGAAUUAAGGAAAAUAUGCCAGAAUUUACAAAAAUCUCCAAAUUUUGCGAGCACAAGAGUUGUGGGCCUUCCAUGUAGCGAUACAACAUUAUCUGGAACACUUGGGUACUUAGCAAAUAUACUUUAUAAUUCCAAUAACAUUGACUGUGCUGGUGGCCCUGUAACCACUGCCAUGGAAGUUGAAGUUGGAGAACAGCUAUGUGAAAUGAUUGGAUAUGAGAUGUACAGUACAAAUAAACCAUGGGUUCACAUUACUUGUGGAGGUACAAUAGGUAACAUCGAAGCUCUGUGGGCGGCACAAAAUAUAAAGUUUUUUCCUCUUGUUGUUCAAAAAGUUAUGGCCGAGAAUCCUGGACUGAUAAGUUUUCCUGAUGAAGAGAUGUAUGCUACAGAGAAGGUUUCUUUCCAAAAUAUAACGGAACUUUCUAUUUGGAAUGUUAUCAACAUCAAUAUUGAUUGUAUUGUCGACAUGGCAAAAUAUAUUGGCAAUCACAUGAACGGUGAGAAAAUUAACAAAAUGAUAGACAAGUAUUCAUUAUCAUCUCUUGGAUGGUUCAACUUCAUGAAGAUGUAUAAGCUAGAACAAGCACCAGUUGUUAUAUGUUCUGCAGCGUGUCAUUACUCACUGCUGAAGGCCAUGGUUCUGCUUAGUUUAGGGAAAGACCAACUCAUACAAGUACCAACAGAUGAAAAUGGCCGUUUAAACGCACAAGAGUUGGAUAAAAUACUUUUUGAUUGCGUGGAACGGAAAAUCCCUGUGAUAUCUGUUGUGUCUAUACAAGGAUCGACCGAAUUUGGUGCUGUGGAUCCACUUGAAGAUAUAAUCAUUCUGAGAGAAAAAUAUAUGAAACAGGGAUUGUAUUUUUCCGUCCAUGUUGAUGCAGCAUUUGGUGGAUAUUUUUCAUGCAUCCUUCGAGAAAAUACUGAUUUGAGAUAUAUUCAAGAUAAUCCCAUAGAGAAAUGGUGUGAUUCAAUGCUGAGUAACUAUACGAGAAAUCAACUAAAUGUUCUAAAGAUGGCCGACUCGGUAACUAUAGAUCCACAUAAAUAUGGUUUCGUGCCUUUAUCAGCAGGUGCAAUUUGUUAUAGGAAUGGUCUCAUGAAACAUUUUGUAAAGCUAAAAGCAUCUUACAUUGAUCAUGGAUUUAACGAAAGUAUGGGCAUAUAUGGUAUCGAAGGUUCAAGACAAAGUGCAGCAGUAGUUAGUGUAUUGCUAUCACAUAACGUAAUUGGAUUGAAUAAAUGCGGAUAUGGAAUAAUUUUAGAACACUGUCUGUUAAGUUCUAAACUUAUGUAUUGUAAUUGGUUGACGAUUGCCAAAGACGAGGACAAUUUUGUGUGCUUUCCUGUCACGCCACUACCAAAGGGGACAUCAUUGGAGUAUGCCAAAACUUUUAUUAAGCAGUUCAUCACUGGCAAAUCAUUUGAGGAUAUAACACAGACCAAAAAUACCUUAGAAUUCCUCAAAGGUAUAGGAUCAGACACAGUAAUGACUCCUUUUCUAGUGAACUUUAAAACAGGAGAUGUUUUAAAUGAUGACAUUGAAAAAUGCAACAAACUAAAUGUUGAAAUUCAUCGUCGACUAUCAUUAGUAAAUACCAGACAAAAUAAUAAGAGAAAACCAUUAUCUGUUCUACGUUCAGCGAUGUCUGAGGACACCAAUCCAAUAGUUUACGCAUAUAUUAAGGAUAUGCUAGGUCUGAAAGGGUCUGGAGGAAUUGAUUACUUGUUAAACUUUGCAAAGAAUCCUUGGAUGGUCUACAACAAUCAAGUAGAGAUUAAUGGAUCCAUAUUUAGACAGAUAGUUCUAGAUACCAUUGGCCUGAUUACAGAUAAACCCUCGUUUCAUCUGUUUUUGGUGGCAGGCACAAUGUUUGAAAACACAUUUUUCUGUGAAUAUAUAACAAAUCUUCAAAUACCAGAUCAUCAGUAUCAAGCCAUUGUUAAAUUCCAGUUUGUUAAUGCACAAGAUGCUGAAAAGUACCAAGCAAAAAUCAAAGAUAAGGCAAGCAAGCACAACAGAAAUAAUCACUUAUUUAUGCAGAUUGAUGCACCAAUGGUUCUAGGAGAAAUUUUAGAAUCAUCACCGGACGUGGUUCGUACUGUAAGCUUUUAUGAUGAUCUACCACCGACAAACAUGUGUCCAUUUAUGUCAUCAGUCAAGGUUAAAGUUGACGAUAUUCCAUUAUUCAGACAUGUUGAUAUGGUUUAUACAGAUGGUACCAUGGUAGAUGAUUAUUUUCUUUAUGGAGAUCAACACAGGAUUCACAUGUCAAGAAAGAUUUCGAAAUUGUCAAAGAGUCUUCAAAUUGCAGUUCUGUUAGAAAAGCCUUCAGAUUUACCUCUUCAUUGGAUAGAACAAGGUAUGGACGUAUCACUUGAAAACAACAAUAGACCACGUGAACCUUUUAGUCAGGCACAGUUCGCCAUUCAAUAUUCUGGACCUGAUGGGAAUAUCUUCAAACAGACAGUCCAGAUCGAUCCUGUAUACGGACUAAUUGAUUUGGCUGUUUAA